AUAAAAAAAAAUCCCAGUAGAGGCCAUUAGUACGAUAGGCAUUAAGAAAGAGUACUUUAUAAGUAAAACAGACUUAGUGUCUCCAUGUAAGUCAGGGACGACAACUAUGUUAUUGUUCUACGUACCGAUAACUCUUCUCUUUGAUUUGGCCUUCUCGGCCUUCACUGACCCUCACUGUAUUGGGGGCAGAGACGGUGUUGUCCAUCUGUUUGAAUGGAAAUGGAACGACAUAGCCGCUGAGUGUGAGAGAUUUCUUGGACCGUAUGGAUUUUGUGCUGUCCAGACCUCCCCAGCCAAUGAGAAUCGAGUUGUGACCGAUCCCAACAGGCCUUGGUGGGAACGAUACCAGCCAGUCAGUUACAAACUUCAGACCAGGAGUGGAACAGAGGCGGAAUUCAGAAGUAUGGUCCAGAAGUGUAACGCCGCUGGAGUCAGGAUAUAUGUGGAUGUUGUUAUUAACCACAUGACGGGAGCUGGAGGAACCGGACACGGCACAGGGGGAUCCUCCUACGACGCCAACGCCUUACAGUUCCCCGGAGUUCCCUUCGGUCCAACAGACUUCAAUGACGGCAGCAACUGUCAUACAGGAGACUUGAACAUCCACAACUACAACAACCCCGAGGAAGUCAGAAACUGUCGACUUGUCAGUCUGCUGGAUCUCAAAAUGGGCAAAGACUACGUCCGUGGCAAGGUGGCUGACUUCUUGAACCACUUAAUUGAUCUGGGUGUGGCAGGGUUCAGAGUGGACGCAGCCAAACACAUGUGGCCCGCGGACUUAGUGGCUCUUUUCAGCCAUGUCAAGAAUCUUCCCUCUGGAGGUCAACCAUUUGUUUACCAAGAGGUCAUCGACCAAGGUGGAGAACCAAUCAAGGGAGAAGAAUACUUUGCUACUGGUAGAGUGACCAAUUUCAAGUUUGGUUUGGAACUGGCUAAAGUAUUUAGGCGACAGAAUCCUAUGAAAUUUCUCAGCAACUUCGGUGUCGGCUGGGGCAUGUGGGCCACCGACAAAGUUGUCAACUUCAUUGACAACCACGACAACCAGAGAGGCCAUGGUGGCGGAGGCGGUGUUCUCACACAUUGGGAGCCACGCCCAUACAAGGUUGCCUCAGCCUUCAUGUUGGCCCAUCCUUACGGCUUUCCCCGUGUCAUGAGUAGUUACGAAUACAACAGGGCCAACAACUACGAGGGGCCACCACACAACGCGGACAUGAGCAUCAAGUCCGUUACACUAAGUGGUAUGACCUGCACAGGUGGCUGGAGUUGUGAACACAGGUGGCGUCAGAUUUACAACAUGGUGGCAUUCCGCAACAUGGCCAGGGGAACAGCUGUCAACAACUGGUGGUCCGGAUCAGAUUAUCAAAUCGCCUUCUCCAGGGGGAACAAAGCUUUUAUAGCCUUGAACUUGGAGUCCCAUGACAUUAAUACCAAUCUACAAACUGGCUUACCAGCCGGGACCUAUUGUGACGUCAUAAGCGGCAACUACGAGAACGGGCACUGCACCGGAAAGACGGUCACCGUAGGUGCUGAUGGGCACGCCCACAUUCAGGUGUGCUCCAGCUGUGACGACCCCAUGGUGGCCAUUCAUGUCGGUGCUAAAGUAGGUUCACCAGCUCAUCGAUUUUAAAGUCACAAAAUGAUGUUAUGCUGAUAUGUUCACACCUGAGCAUUUUUCUUGAACUAAAAAUAUUUGUGUGUGUGUUUUGGUAUUGUAUUAAGGAAUGCAAUGAAUGAACCAUUUUAUCGAUUGUAUUAUAGACAAGCUGCACAUUGUCAAGGGACUGAACUGAGAUUAAAAUGUAAUCGAUCCCUACCAAUUAAACGUUUUUAGCUGUU